AUGGACGAUUCUGAUCCCAUUCACAAUUUCUUCCCAGAAUCCAUUGAUUCCUCUUCGCCCCAAACGAUACUUUACAAAGCGCUCAACUUGACACCUUCAGCUACUCCAGAAGAGAUCAGAAAAUCAUAUAGAAGAUUAGCGUUGCAAUAUCAUCCAGAUAAACAUUCCAAAAAAACCAAAGAUGAAAAAGAAGAACUAUCCUUGAGAUUCCAGAAAGUCGGAUUCGCUUAUGCUGUUUUAAGUGAUGAGAACAGAAAGAAGAGAUACGAUAAUUCAGGUAGAACAGAUGAGAACUUUAAUGGUGUUGAAGAAAUGGGUUGGGAAGCUUAUUUCGAAAGUUUAUAUAAAAGAGUUGAUAGGAAAUUACUUGACGAAGAUAAGGAACGAUAUCAAGGAUCCGAGGAGGAGAAGAACGAUAUCAUAUCAGCAUACAAAUCCACCAAAGGAUCUUUACCCGAUAUAUUAUCUUAUAUACCCCAUUCAACUUAUAAUGAUGAAGAUAGAUUUAUAAAUUUGAUAAACGAUCUAAUAUCUUCCAGCUCGAAAGAAAUAGGAUCGACGGUGAAAUGGGAAAAAACAUCGACUGAUUUGAAAGCGAAAGAGAAAAGACGUAAAUCAGGUGAAAAAUCAGCUAGGGAAGCUGAAAAGGCUGCUAAAGAAUUAGGUGUAUGGGAUGAAUUUUAUGGUUCGGGUGAAAAAGGUAAUCGGCAAUCUAAUUCUACUUCCCAAUCCAAUGAGAAAAGUGGUAAAGGAAAGGGUGGAGAUGGGGAUGGCAAUGGAGAUGGAUUGGCAGCGUUGAUAUUGAAAAGACAAAGAGAUAGACAAAGUGAUUUUCAAGCUUUGGAAGAUAAAUAUACGAAAAUAGAAGAUGAACGCAAAUCCAAGAAAGGUAAAAAAGGCACAAAGGUACAAGAGGAAUCGAUACCUGAAAUAAGUGAUGCUGAUUUUGAAGCUUUACAAGCAAAGAUGUUCCCCAAGAAAGAUGAAGGGAAAUCGAAAUCAAAAAAGACAAAAUCGAAGUGA